AUCACAUCCACGUCGAGCUUAACGGAGGCGCUCCGUGGGGAUUCACGCUGAAAGGAGGACUGGAGCACGGAGAGCCGCUCAUCAUAACAAAAAUGGUAUCAUGUGCUGCAUGACUGCUACUCCACCCAGUCUCAGAUGUGUCCCACUGACCUCAGGGCCUUUAUCAUGACCUGAAGUGUGACUGGUGCUAUAAAGAAGUGUUACAGAUAUUCACUGUAUUCUGAUUCUGGAUCUUCACAUCAUCAGUGUAAUUGAACUUGCAAUGAUAGUAGCAUUUAUGGAGGGAAGUCCAUCUGUGUAGUCUGCUAGUUCUAUUAUCAUUUACAACUUCUUUUUCAAAUAAAAACCUUAACUUCAUACAAGGCUCUGAAGAUGUUUUAAAUCUAACUAAAUGAUGGUUUUUGAGCUUAUGCAUGACUAAUAGGGCCAUGUAGCUCCCUGGGUAAUCAGUGAGCUAUAACCACACUUUGGAGGUUGGACCAUGGCCAAUCUGAUAACCCCAUGCUGCCCUCAUGACUUACCCUGUUGUAUUUGAUUUGGGGUUUUCUACCUCUGUGAUGAUUAUGCUGUGGUUCUUUUAUAAGGCUAUUUGCCAGAGGGCAAUCUUCUUCAAGCUAAGCAAUUUACACAUUUUCCGUAUGAUUUGAAAGCAAGGCACGACCUGCAUGUUUGAUGGGUUCUUCCACCUAUCAACACCAGCCCCGCUGUUUUGCUGGCACAUUAUGCAAAGCAGCUUGGUCAAUGGGACUGAUAUGACCAGUCCAGUUCUGACCCCGAAUAAACUCCAGACAGAAACAGAACCCUACCACAUGAGAACGACUACAAUGAUUAAUCACAGAACAACACAUGCUUUCUACUAAUGACACCUUAAAGCUUAUGAGUGUUUUGAAUAACAUGUAAGUUGUAGUCAAAUGGAACUUUUGCUUGAGUGAUGGCUGCUGUUGUAAAACCUGGUGUAAUGUAUUGUGUGGCCACAUGGACUUUGCUUUAUUUCUGGUACAGGUUUACCACAGCUGUGACUGUCAUGUAACAGCACAAAUUUCACUGUUCACAACUCCAAGUUCCUGUUCUCCACUUUGAUUGUGGAUUGAUGUAAUGCAGAUGCAAAGGGUGUCAUUGCAGGGCACGACAUGCUGAUGGAAAACUGCCACUGACUUUUCCAUGCUCACACUAAACCACUAAAUAAACGGCAACUAAUCUCAAAUCUCUCAAAGACCAUGUGUUUCCCCCAUUCUGUCUCUCACUUGCUUAGUCUCAGGGUAUGGGAUGGAAACAUUGUGCAUUCCCUUGCUUUUCUAAUUUUCUGCCAUGAAGUUUAUGUAGACCACAGGGCACUUUAGUCAUACAUUUCUUCCCUCUUUCUAAUUGGACACUGGAACUUAUUCCCAGGCACCAUAGUUCUGGUAUAAAAGGAGGAGUCCUGGAAAUGUUGUAAACAUGGAACUGUUGCUCUAAACCACAGUUUCAGUGCAGCUACUGUCACUUCAAGGCAUUACAUUCAUGCUUCACAACAUCACUGAUGAGCAUCGUGUGAAGAGAACUGCUUCCUCUUUUCUGUCAUCUAGUAACUACCGACUUCUGUUUCUGGAAUGUUUUCCCCAAGCUGAAUCCGGCACAGUAUCUGUAUGACUACUGUGUGGGACACAUCACUAUGAGAUAGAAGAAGGAGGGAAGGCAGCGGAGUGUAAGAAGCUGAGGGUGGGAGACGAAUUGGUCAACAUCAACGGCUCUGCACUCUACGGUUCCCGCCAAGAAGCUCUGAUUCUCAUCAAAGGCUCCUACAGGGUCCUCAAGAUUGUUGUCCGCAGACGCACUGUGCCACUGAUUCAUCCUCACUCCUGGCACCUGGUGAAGUUAUCAGAAGCACCCUCUGUGCCUGGUUCAGCAAGCGGUUCAGACGGCCCACUGGCCAUGCAGCUCCACCCCACACCCUUCAGUGUACCGUGGCACUCUGGGGGUGACAGUGAGCUGUCCAUGCCAUUGGGCCACCUCUCCCGGCACUACAGUACAGACCGCAGCAGCUCUGUGGGGAGUAUGGAAAGUCUGGAAAACCCUCCAAGUCAGGGUUACUACGACAGCCAGCUCUCUCCCAUUGACCCUGCCAUCUUCAAUAACAAACGUGACUCGGCUUAUAGCUCUUUCUCUGCAAGCUCAAAUACAUCUGACUACACAGUAUCUUUGCGCCCUGAGGAAAACAGCUCUAUGGACAGUCUCCUGCAGGGCUUUGGCCCCUCCUGCAGGUUUACAGAGGGACAUCCUGCGGCUAGUGGCCCAGGAGAACUGCACUGUGAGGAGGGGAUUCUCAAGUCUACGUCUCUGCCUCAUAGGCCUGAGGCUAAAGUACGUCCAUCAUCCUAUAGCUACGAAGAAAACAAGUGCGGACCUCCACAACCUCCCAUGAGGAAGGAUAGUUUCAGGGCUACCAGAGGCCUACCAGAGGUGCUGGAUAAACGUUGUGUGUCUGCUCCUGUUGGUGUGUCAAGUUUGACUUGCUGCACUAUUGAAGACCCUCCUCACAUCCGCAAGACAUUGAAUGGUAGUGUGUGUCUGAAUGGUCAAGAAAAUGACCAGGACUUGAAGAGUAACAAAGCAGAACCUUAUUACACCAUAAAUUCUCAAAAAGAACUGUUUAUAGAUAACCAAGUCAGCUCAACAGACGGAAGCCAAAAGAUCAGUCACUUCCAGACCCUAGAGAGGCAUUCGACCAGGCCCAGUCCUGCAACAGCAGAGAGUCUUGAUAGUAAACUCAAUCAUUUAGAUAACAGUCUCCAGCCUAGGAUGCACAGACAUAGUGCACCAGAAAAAUUACUUGUCUCUCAGUUACACAUGAUAGAGCACUCAAGUGACAAUACUGCACAUUCCAUGUCCCCUUCUAGCCUGUGGUCUAAUCCUCUACAUCCAAGGGAGGAACUAGGUGAAGACCGUCCAGCUGUAGCUCAGGAUAAAUGGGGAGGAAGCAGGUGCUCCACACCCGGCUCACUGACCACUUCGGAGCUAGAGGAACACAGGGUGGAGGGAGAACCAUUUGAUUCAAGCCAAAGACUUACUCCGGUCCAGCAUGCUUGGGGAAGAUCUGUCAGUGUUCCAGGUGAAACUAUAGGAAAUGGAUUUGCUGAGAAUGGACCCUGCAUAGAUACUCAACUUCAAGAGAGAGGUUUUGAGGCCAUUAAUGCUGCAUCGAGCAUGGACACUCUACUUGAAAACCAGGAACAAGGAGAAGGCAAGGGAGAUGAUGGUGACAUUUCAAAGCCUGUUCAAAAACGCCAGUUUCGUUCAUCUAAGUCUCGCCGUCGUAGUGAACGUUUUGCCACAAACCUUCGCAAUGAGAUCCAGAGGAAGAAGGCUCAGCUACAAAAGAGCAAAGGUUCCAGUGGUCUGCUAUGUGAUGGCGAGACUUUGGAGGAAGAGGAUAUGGAAGAAAAAUCCCCCUCAGAGAUGCCAGCCAUCAAUCAACACAGGAUUCAAACACAGACUAAUCAACACAACAGCUUCCAGAAUUUUGCUCCAUCUCAGGCCAGAACAAUUGCCUCAAACUCAACAUUUCCAGGCAGAUGCUGUGGAACAAAUUCUUCAGAGCAUUCAGGGAGCAGGACUGAAGAUAUCCAUAAUUCACAGGACGAUACCAUUGGAAUCCAGUCAGCUGAGGUAAACAGACCUGUAUGCGUGCGUGUGGUCGAAGAGUUGGCACCACCAGGUAAAGCCAGGCGUUGGCGCUGGACACCUGAGAACAAACUACAACCAGAAAUGGAACCAACUGAAUUAAAGAAGAAUGGUGAAGGAACAGUACCAUCUUCUUGGAACCUUGGAAAAACAAGGGAACGAGUGGGUUCUUCAGGUGGACGCUGUACCCGAGCUGAUGACUGUGACAUCCCACCUUUUGCAGACCGCAGGAAGUUCUUUGAGGAGACUAGCAGAAACCUGAGCCAGUCUGUGACCAACUUGGCAGGCCUUACAAGCCACCGCCAGAGGCCAGAGAAGCAUGGGAGAAAGAAAGAUCCAACUUCUUCUGAACCCCUUGAGACAGUCCUUGACCUUGGGCACAGGAGGUUCUCUUACCAGGGUGGAAUUAAUGAUGGAACCUCAGUCAGUUCAUUUGAUACUAGAAGAAAGAGAUUGCAGCAAGAGAGAGACCAAGAGAGAGAAAAUACACUGGAAAGAGAAUGGGAAAAGGAGAGGGAGAAUGAGAAACAGAGAGAAAAAGAACCAGAACGUAAAGAACAGGAGCGACUACAGGCAUGGGAAAAGGAACAGGAGAGGGAGAGAGAAAGAGCAAGAAAGGAAGCCGAAAGAGAGCAACAGAGAGUGCAACAGAUGGAGAGAGACUGGGAAACCGGUAGAGAUCGCUUUUACGCAGGACAUGACCUCAACAGUACCACAAUGCUACCACCUUUGCCUCAUGAUGGCCUAAAACAACCACUUGCAUCUCAAAAUCUAACCUUGUGUAUUUCACAAUCUGACAAUUUUCACAACAAGACCAAACCUAACAUCCAAAAGCCAUGCUCAGCUUUCCGACCUGUAACUAGCCAAAAGUAUCAAUCUGACAACUACUGUCUACACCGUGGAUACACAGCCAGGAGCUGCAUUCCAACAGAGGCUUUUCCUGUACAUGAGCUGGAACAAACAAAACUAAGGAGGAAGUUUAGCCUGACUGAAAGGGACUAUACUCUGUGUAGACGAGAUUCAAGACCAGAAGUUACUGUGGGUCGUGGGUUUCAGUGUCAGUGGAACAACAGACUACGUGAUUGCAACAACAAGGAUCAAUCCUUCACGUCCUCAAGACUUAGAAACCGCACCAUGUCUGAAAACGACAUCCGCGUGGAGACCAAGUGUCUUCGUAGUCAUGAUGCUGCUACCAAUAAUAGCAGAAUGUCUUCUUCUGUCGUCAGGGAACUGGAGGAGAAUGUGUCUGUAGAUGAGACAAAGAAGAAAAAAGGGCCUCCUCCUCCUCGGCCACCCCCCCCAAAAUGGGAGCAGUUCCAUAAGAGAAGGGCAUCUCACCACAGUCUCUUCUCUACCCAACCUGUCUCUUCGUCCCAGCUCCAAACGCACACACCCUGUCCAUCCACUGCCCUUGAAUUGACUCGUCAGCGGUCCUACAGCCUUCCUCCAAGGGAUGAUGUGGAAAGGCACCAAGCUCCGCUAAACCCUGCCUUAAAUAACAGAGCUUUCAAACCUGUGGCCCUGCCUCCAAAAGAACAAGACACUGCCAGAAAUCAGCAUUAUGAUACAAACAGUUCAGAAGACACACCACCAUCCUCAAAUGAGUCGAGCCGAAGACUUUCUGAGCAAAGCUUGUCCCAGCCUUCCGAUCAAUACAGACCAGCUGUGGUGAAACCAGUCAUUUAUAAGCAUAGAGCAGAGUGGGACUUGACUUCUCCUCACAACUACACAGCAAAAAACAAUGCUAGCAAGUCACCAAUCCCGGUCUCUACUUUGGAGAAUGGCUCUCGCGCUGGACCCGUCUAUCCAGAGUCCUACUUUACAAUGAAUUACAACCAACAGCAGCAUUUCCAGAAUCAGCCUCAGCAAAUAUGCAUGCUUGGCACUAUCAAGACUCUGGAACUUUCUACCCAAUGCCUACCCUCCAACAAGGAUCAAUCUUUGCCCUACGAGACAGACAUAGAUGAGUUCCCUGAGAAUGAGGGAACCGCAGUGGAACAGCAAAGGCAAGCAGAAGACCGCACAGAGAUGCAGUGUUUUGCUCAGCCAGUGACUGUGCUGGAAACAGACAUCGACACGUUGACUGACGAAGAGGCUUCGUCAUCGGGUAUGAGGAGAGGGCAAAGGGCGUCCAUCGUGGACUCUUUAUUAGAAGAGGGUUGUGGCAGAGCUGGAAAGGAGCUAAUGGGAGAACUGUUCCCUCACUAUGCAGGGAGUGGAACAGAAGGCUGGAGAGGAGGCAAUAUACUGAGUGGAGACAUGGUAGAGAGGUCUUCUAGACAGAGCCCCUCAGUACCACAGGGCUCAAUCUCUACCAGCUACAGAGGACCCACCAACAAAGCUCAACUCCUUAAUAAGAUGCCAAACUUCUCCGAAAUGAAGAAGGAAGACGAAGAGCUUAAUUACAAGAGGCAGCUGAUGGAAAGCUUGCGUAAGAAGCUGGGUGUGUUGCGGGAAGCCCAAAGAGGUUUGCAGGAGGACAUCAGAGCCAACGCUCAGCUUGGCGAGGAGGUGGAAAGCCUGGUGCUGGCCGUCUGCAAGCCAAACGAGGUCGACAAGUUCCGUAUGUUUAUCGGAGACCUGGACAAAGUGACGAGUCUUCUGUUAUCGCUCUCCGGCAGGCUGCUCAGAGUGGAGAGUGCUCUAGAUUGCUUGGACCCAGAAUCAGGCCAUCGUGAGAGGCUCCCCCUGAUGGACAAGAAGAAGCAGCUCCUUGCACAGCUGGCUGAGGCUCAGGAGCUGAAGGAACAUGUGGACCGGAGGGAGGAGGCCGUGGGCAGGGUGCUGGGUCGAUGCCUGACUCCAGAACAACUGCGUGAUUACAGCCAUUUUGUGAAGAUGAAGGCAGCACUUCUGGUAGAACAGCGGCAGCUGGAUGACAAAAUCCGGCUAGGGGAAGAACAGCUCCGAGGCCUCAAGGAGAGCCUCGGCCUGGGAUACGGCCCUUACUGAAACUGGAAUUGGAAGUAAAGUACAGGAAGCUUGCGUAUGCAUACAUGCACAUGAAUGUUUCUGAUAAAUAAUUACGUCUGAGCGUAUAUGAACGUUAUAUCAAAGCUGCAACGGUGACAGUCAGAGACUUCUUAAGCACAAGCAUAGUGAAUUUAUCAGCUGUAGUAUCAGCUGAUGCUCGGUGGCAGUAUUUUGCCACUCCUUUACACAGCAGCAAUACUCCUAUGUUUUGUUGAGGAAAUUAGUAACACUAAGCAGUAAAUGACCUCAAAAUCCUACUCUAAGCCACAUAAUGCUGUGUGUGUGCGCGCGCAUCUCAUUAAUAUCAACUGAAGACCUGUCCAUGCACUGCUAUUUAUUUAUUUAUAUCUCUCAGCAAAAUCAGAGAAAGAACUCAAGUCAUGUUUGUUCUGUUUACUGAGAAUUGGUCACCUUGAAAAUCAGCAGACGGAGCACUAAAAACAUUCGGCCCAAUAAUCCUGUUACAUUUCAUAUGUUACUAGAAAGAGUUUUGAUAGAAACGUAGAAAUCCAUACGUGCAGGAAUAGUGCUAAGCUGUGAGUGACAUCACCAAACAGCACUCUGUCCGGGUCAAACUGGACUUUGCUCUGUAAGCAAAGUAUUACAAAAUCAUCUUCUGAACAUCCAUGUUUUCUUCAGUCAGGUUAGAGCCAUCAGCGUGCAUCCUUUAUUCUGUGGCGAUUUACGUGUUGUGUUCAGGUAGUGGUCCACUUAUUCAGCAAAUCAGAAGCAUUCACAACAUAUUCAUGCCUUUUUCAUUAUAAAGUGCUUUACUACAUUUUUUUUUUUUCCUUGUAAGUGAUAUCUGACUUUUUUAUUUUUUCUUUGACGCCAAAGAUUAUGUUCAUGUCUUAACACAAGAACAGAAAUACGGUGCUUAUUUUGGAGAACUACAUGCAGUAGCCGAGUCGUUAAAGGAAAUUCUUGCUGUCACUGUUUAUUCAGCACAGCUGUGUUUAACAUUUUGAUCACUUAAAACAGUUCUUACAUUCCUUGUAUUUAAUGCGUGCAGUGUUAUAUAAUAUGUAAUAUAAUGCAUUAUUUUUGUUUCUGACUGAGCAAACUGCUUUUUAAUAUCCUUAUCCUCUUUAGAGGAAAGAAUGCUGCUCUAUUGAACAUUUAAUGUGCUUGUUUUCGACCAACAGUGUAUUCAACAAUAUAUUGUUGGGUUUCUUUUUUUCCUCCACCUCUUUCCAGAACUACCUUUCAGUGUUUAAGAGUGCCAAAGAUGAAUGUGCAUUUGUUAUAGUAAUCAGAUAAAAAAAGUAUGUUCAUGUAUACUUUUUUUUUUUUUUUUUUUACCCCAAUGUAUAUACUGCCUCUUUAGGUGCUCUUGAUUUACUUUUUUUUUGUUGUAUCAUAAUUUCGUAAAUUACUUCACGCUGGAAAUGUAUGAAAAUAUUUGGUUGAACUAUAAGUGAUCAAUUUCUCCAAUUUUUGGUUUGUUAAAAGUCCAGUGUGGAAUAUGUACUAUUGAUUUAUAGAAUAUAAAUAUUUUAAGCUA